AAUUUCAAGUUGUUAGCACACUUAGUGUACUUUAAUCUGUGGUCGGUCUCGGUAAUAAUAAAUAUGUUGAAUAUAAAAUUAUGGAUUCCAAUAGCGAUGAUCAUAUCUGUGAUGCACCUGGGAAUAACACAAACUCACGCAUUUGAUGUCGCCAAGCAAUUGGACGGUCUAAGGAAGCAAUUUUUGCCCGUUGAAUAUCGUAACAUAAAUUUUACUGUAGAUGAACUUAAGCGCGUAUUUAGCGCCAAGUGCAAAAAAGUUGCGGGUUUAGAAAAUCCAACUUUAUACGAUGAAGUGGAAAGUAGCGCCACAACUGCGGUCGCUUGCCUUACAGGUCUCGUCAAUUUGACGGCUAUGCAAGAAGAAAUUAAUAUCGCUCGUCCUAUCGGUGAAUUGGAUACCGUUUUCUCUCAUUAUUGCGAAAAGGCACCUACAAUCGAACGUUGCUUGCAAAAUUUCAACGAGGUUAUACAGCCGUGCCUUAGUCCGGCAGAAAAAACUCAAAAUACGAUAAUGAUGCGUUUAGCUGCUGGUUUAAUGCAUUUCAUGUGCAUUCGCGGCGGUGAUCAUCUCGCCCUAUUCGUGGCCGAAGAUGGACCGGAAUGUUUCGAAGUUAAUAAGGAGGCCAUCUUGCAUUGCGCGAAUACAUCAUUUAGUGAAUUUCUAUCGAACACUACAACUAUCCCAGAUUUAUAUAAUUUACCAGAUUUGGUAUUACAACCUGAGCAUUGCUUAGAUUUGCAACGCUUUGAGACCUGCACCAUCCAUCAUUUGGAACAAUGUGAAGAGUAUACACCGGCCAAUGUAGCGGAAUCGGUUUUCCGUUUCAUUAAAAAUGAAACCAGUUGCAAGGAAUGGAUACAAAGUGAAACUACUCAACGUUCUAUAUUAAAGAAUACCAAAAGCUCAGCUCCUUCACAAAUGAUAGCCAAUCUUUUAUAUAUAUUUAUGACAUCCUUGGGAUUGAUUGUUUUAAUAGUAAUAAAAUUAUAGACUAA